CACUCAUUUCAUGCGCGUGGUUGUAAAGACCUUAGAAGAGAAUGUCUCUAUGAACACAGUUCCCUUCCCUCCUUUAUCUCUAAAGGGCUUUUAAUGUAAAGCUGCCCUGCCACUGUCAGUCAGACUCUGUAUUCAUUUUUUUGGGUGUUUGUGUGUAUAAUAUUCAUAAAAAGAAAAAUUGGAGUUUAUAAAGGUGUGUGUGUGUGUUUUUUUUUUGAACAUCUACAGAAGUUACUGCUUUUUGUAAUACUAAUAAUCUGUUUUAAUAGUAAACUCAACCGUUUUGUAAUAUUAAUUUGUUUGUUUGUUUCUUCUCUCUCACGCGCGCGCGCACACACACACACACUCACAAUGGGCUGUACACCUUUGUAAUCUCUGUAGGUACAUACCAAUCUUGCCCUAGAUCCACCUCUUACCUUUCUGUACCGAACUUUUUCAUAUUUGUCUGCACUUCUAUCCAUAUCAUUUGCAGUUUUACUCAAUUUCAGCUAUACUUAUCAAGACCCAUUUUUUUGUUGUGUCUGUAGUGUUGAGCUCACAUUUUUUUAGUGUUUCUGGAGUUUACAUUGUGUGUUUGUAUUUUAAUUGUUGCUUUGGGAUGCCAAAUUGAUUUGCUCCAUUCUUGGUCAUUGGUUGAAUUGGGUUUUGGAAUAAAUUGAUAAAUUUGUUGGGGGUAAGACUGGGUGUUAUUGAGCUUUGAUUGAGCUGAGAAUUGUGGUAAAGUUGCGUUCUUGUGAUGGGGUGUUUUGAUUCGUGAUGAGAUGAUGGAGGAAGAGGAGCUAAUGUGGGGUAGAGAAAUUGCAGGAGGAAUUGUUGUUUUGGUGUGAAGAUGUGAUUUUGGGAAACUGGGAUUUUGCGUCGUUGUGUUUAUUUGCAGGAUAAUGGGAUGUGUUUGUUGUAAGCCCUCUGCCAUUGAAGAUAGUAGAGAGUCUCCAAGGGAGAGGAUAUCCAGCAAGGCAUCCUCAGAUUUGAGGGGUCCGAGGGCGGUUUCAUCCAGGAGGGAGGAUGUGUAUAGAGUGAAAGAUCGGGUGGACAGUAAUGAAGGAAGAGUGGUUUUGAUUGAUAAGCAAAUCAAUGGUUCAGCUCGGUUGCAUGGUGAAAGCAUUGAGAGGAAAAGGGAGAAGACUGAAUAUGUUGUCUCCUCCCACCAUCAUCCUGGAUUAGGUAGAGUUCCAAGAGCUACAGAGGGGGAGCAGGUUGCUGCUGGAUGGCCACCGUGGCUAGCUGCUGUGGCUGCUGAAGCUAUCAGAGGUUGGGUUCCCAGGCGGGCAGAUUCUUUUGAGAAAUUGGACAAAGUAUGUUCUUUUCUUGCCAUUUGCAUUGCAUAAUAGUGAAUUUGCAAGAAACUUAUGAGAUAUGGAUUGGUGCAUUUUUUUUUUUUUUUUGAUAUAUGAUAUACCGAUGGCGCUCUUCAAAAUUGCAAACUGAGUAGUCAUUCAUUUAGCAAGAAGAAUGCUUCGUUUUAAAUUGGUUCCGUCCUCCAUUCACUAAGCUCAUGGUUUUCAUGCUUUUUUUCUUCCCAGUUGAGAGUUUUUACUUGUUGGGACAUGUCAUAUGCAUAUCUGUAGCAACUAUCUUCAGAAGUGAUAAUGCUUUGUGAUGGUAGAAAGAUCAGGACAAUUUUAGUUAGACCAUACUGUAAUGAAAGUGACCAGUUUUGAAUAAAAAUAGAAAGCGCUUUUUCUAUUUGAAAGAGUACUUUAAGCGCAGUUCCUUAUUUAAACUCAUUUAUGGACUAUAAUGUCUUCAUUAUCCUUAUAGGGUGAAUCUACACCAUUGUAUGAAUAAAGUUCAUAACUGCUUCCUCGAGCCUGCGGCUUAAUGACGUCAACAGAUAGAAAGGAACCAUUAAAUUCUGUCAAUUGAUAAGCGCUACAGUUUAUGCAAAACUAGUCAUUUUCUCCUCAUUGCCAUGAACUGUCUGAUAUAGUACAUGAAUGAAUGCAUGGAUCUUUAUUAAAAGAUAUUUAAACCCGACUUUGAUUGGUACUUAGGCAACAUCUGAGCUUUGUUCGUGUUUGAGUUGGCACUUCCUUUUGAUUCGCUUAGGGGGUGUAUCCACAUUCGUAAUUUGGUUUAGUAAUUAACAAAAGUGGCAGAUUGGGGUUUAUCCAUAUUGUUUUCUUUCUAUGUAGAUUGGCCAGGGCACUUACAGCAAUGUCUACCGAGCCCGAGAUCUCGAUCAAGGGAAAAUUGUCGCUUUGAAGAAAGUAAGGUUUGACAAUCUUGAACCUGAAAGUGUGCGUUUCAUGGCUCGAGAAAUUCAUAUUCUGCGCAGGCUUGAUCAUCCUAAUAUUAUAAAGUUGGAAGGUCUUGUUACAUCGAGGAUGUCUUGCAGCUUGUACCUUGUUUUUGAGUACAUGGAACAUGACCUAGCUGGUCUUGCAUCACAUCCUGGUGUGAAAUUCACCGAAUCACAGGUGAAGUGCUACAUGCAACAACUUUUACGUGGCCUUGAACACUGUCACAACCGAGGUGUUUUGCAUCGAGAUAUUAAGGGUUCCAAUCUUUUAGUUGACAAUAAUGGUGUCUUGAAGAUAGCCGACUUUGGUCUGGCGAGUUUCUUUGAUCCUCAUCAAAGUCAGGCAUUGACAAGUCGUGUUGUGACACUUUGGUAUCGACCACCUGAACUUCUACUUGGAGCAACUUUUUACGGCCCCGCUGUAGAUUUGUGGAGUACGGGUUGUAUACUUGCUGAACUUUAUGCUGGAAAGCCUAUCAUGCCUGGACGUACAGAGGUUGAGCAACUGCAUAAAAUUUUUAAGCUUUGUGGUUCCCCUUCAGAGGAUUAUUGGAGAAAAUCAAAAUUACCCCAUGCAACGAUCUUUAAACCCCAACAACCUUAUAAACGUUGUGUUGCAGAAACAUUUAAGGACUUCCCUGCACCAGCGUUAGGACUAAUGGAGGUUCUGCUGUCUAUAGAUCCAGCCGAUCGAGGAUCUGCAACAGCUGCUCUCCAAAGUGAGUUCUUUACCACAAGACCACUUCCUUGUGAUCCGUCAAGUUUACCAAAGUAUCCCCCAAGUAAAGAGUUUGAUGCUAAAGUCCGGGAUGAAGAAGCCAGAAGAAAAAUAGCAGCUGGAGGCAAGGGCCAUAGGCAUGACCAAGAAAGGAAAGGAGCACGAGAAUCUCGUGCAGUUCCAGCACCUGAUGCCAAUGCAGAAUUAUUCUCAUCAAUGCAGAAAAGACAAGGCCAGUCUAAUCCCAAGAGCAGAAGUGAGAUGUUCAACCCUCAUCAAGAAGAAGUUGCUUCUGGCUUCCCAAUUGAUCCACCUAGACCAUCUCAAGUUGUGGAAGAGGCAAGCAAUGAUCCUCAGGGUAAUAUCCAUAAAAGAGGUUCCCAUUCUGGACCAUUGGUACAUCGGGCUGCCUGGGCGAAAGCUGGAAAGAACAUGGAAGAUGCUCCGAAGAUUUCAAAUGGGGCUGACUUAUCAGCUAUGUCUGGUUUGGUUGCUUCUAGAAGGGCAAUGCCAUCUGAGGAUCGCAGGGAGAAGGCUGCCAGUCUUUCUCAGCAGGACAUUCCAAAACUAUUUGCGAGAUUUCCUGGAUCAUUCAAAGAGUCGAAUUCGAUGACAAAGCAAGAUCAAAAGAGUCAUGGAGUUUCUGUCUCUUAUCAGAAUGAGGAUGGAAGAACCAACAACCACGAUCCCAUUCUUCUGGGCUAUGGAUCAAAAGGUAAUAAAAUUCACUAUUCUGGGCCACUGGUGGUUCCAACAGGUAAAAUGGACCAGAUGAUGAAAGACCAUGAUCGGCAAGUUCAAGAAGCUGUAAGACGAGCACGUACAGACAAGGCAAGAAUGCGAAAAGCCCAGGUUGAGGGAAACCACUUUUCGAUCAAUUCAUUAUUUGUUUCUGGUCGUUGAGUUGGUACUACACAUGCCAUAUUACCUGUACUUGUAAGAAAAGCGGCCAGCGGCUGAUACUGGCGAUUCUGUUGUAAAAUUAAGAUAUUUUUAGGUGAGGAAGGGGGAGUUGUAUAGGAGGUGUCUUCCAAUGAAACAUGGCUGAGGGCCCUCUCUUUAGCCAUUAGUAGAGUUAGCCGGAAAUAUUUUUAGAUCCUCUCAUUAUUAAUUAGUGCCAUGGGAAGCAAUCAAAUGCAGUUUGUUGUAGCUGCUGUAAACACUGCAUUUGAUGAGUGUCUAUCAGCCAUUCAUAUAGAGCAUUGAUUAGUAUCAGUCCUGAAUUGAUCUGGCUUUUCAGCCUUGUGUAUUAUUUGCAUGUAUAACCAAAAUCCAAAUUCUGGGACUGGGAAUAUCACCAAGGUGUAGUAAAAUGUUUAUUCAAAUCCCUAAAUUCUCUUUUCUGGGUGUACGUGGGAGGAAAAGGGAGCGGUUUGCUGCACAAAUAGUACCAUCAUUUUUGUUUUUACAUCACUUUGGGAAAGGUGGUACUUUGAGCAGAUCUUGGGCUAACCACUGGGCCUUUUUUCCCCUCCGUCUGUCCCUCGCUGCCAUUAGGCUGGCUUGGUACUUUCAUGGGAUACUUUGGCGUUCAAAACACUUCAUUAAGUGAGAUAGGUCUACAAAAAGAUUCUAACUUAUGUGAUUGUGCG